CUUCCUGGUUCCGAUGUCACAUGACAGGAGAAAAGUCUAGCUUCGGUCGGCCACAAUCUCCAUCCUAAAUGUCCUUAUGUCAGUGUCAGUCAUCUAACAUGGCAGGCUGAGCUUCGGACAACCAUGACUCUACAAGCUCCUCGCACGUCAGUGUUCACCUUUCAGUCGGCGCUGCACAGCGCCCAUGUUCUCCAGUGCCUGAAUGAGCAGCGGCUGCAGGACAUCUUGUGCGAUGUGACGCUGGUGGUGGAGGGCAGGAGCUUUCGGGCCCAUUACUCGGUGCUGGCCUCGUGCAGCGAGUACUUUCACAGUAGGGUCACUGGUGUCACCAGACAGAAUCCCAUUAUCGCCUUACCUGAGGAGGUGACCGCGGAGGGGUUCGAGCCCUUGCUGCAAUUCGCCUACACAUCAAAGCUGCUUUUCACCAAAGAAAACAUCCACGCCGUUCACACCAGCGCUGAGAUUUUGGGAUUUCACAACUUGGAGGCGGCUUGCUUUGAUUUCCUCAUCCCCAAGUUUUCGCAGAGUCGGAAAAACUCACAGGAGGUCAGGAGUAAGAGCUGCUGUCAAAGCUCGGAGCCCGGCGCCAGUUUGGACGCCGGCGCGGAAAGUAGCCACGCGGAAUCGCUGGAGCCCAACGGCUCAGCGCCUCCAGGAGGAGAUGAGCAAAGCGACUUCCCGUCGCUGUGCCCUCAGAGCGCACGGGGUCAGACAAACAGUGGGGAGGAGCACUUCUGUUUUGAAAACUGUGGGCCGCAGAUUCCUCCCUUACCUCUGGAGCUGGCGACCGGCGUGUGCCCCCUGCUGUCUCCGCCACGCCCGGGCUCUGACGAAGCGGACCGCUCCGCUCGUUUUUGCCAAAGAGAUGUUUUGCAGACGGGAGACGGGGGGGAUGGCGGCGAGCUGAGCGCGGCAGCGUGUGACACAGCGCCGCGGGGCGAGACCCCCACAGAAAUCACCGAGCCAACGAGCGCAGAUAACGAGCCAACUGUUGAGACGCUCGGUGCCGAAAGCAGCUGCACCCCUGGUCCGUGUCCGCUGAAGGAUUGUACUUCACUAUUACAGCAGAGUGAAGUGUGUCCGGAACAGGCAGCUGCUGGAGAAGUAUCGGAACCCGCCUUAAUUCCCCAGAGCUUCGAGGCGGGCGGCGGAGAGCGGAGCCGCGUGGAGAGGGAAGUGGCCGAACAUUUAGCCAAAGGGUUUUGGCCUGAUCUGUGCGCAGGUCAGGCGCCGUCGCCGUCGCCGUCCCUUGAUCCAGUGAGCCAAAACAAUUUGGCAAAGGCCUCGGACUUUCACUGGCUCAAGCACCUGGAUCUGACGUCCAGCGUGGGCGAUUGUCCGUUCCUACGGGACCUCGACGCAGACGACGAGCCGGUUACGCACGCCGACGGCUUUUCCCAAGCAGAGGAGAGUCCCUGCGUGUCGUCCUCACUCAAUUCUGGGGAGGAAACGGAACUGGAAACAGACGGGGACACCGAGGCCAAUCACAAAAGAGCUGCCGAGAUUCAUCUGCCGUUCCCGGUGGAGCGGAUCUCUGAAGUGAGCAGAAGCGCCUUCCAGCAGCUCGUCAGAGACCACAGCCUGACAAAAGAACAGCUUGAGUUCGUCCAUGACGUCCGCCGGCGAAGCAAAAACCGCGUGGCGGCGCAGCGCUGUCGAAAGAGGAAGCUCGACAGCAUACACCAGCUGGAAUGUGAAAUAAAAAAAUUAAAAAACGAGAAAGAGCAGCUGCUUCAGGAGCAAAAAGAUCUGAAGAAAAACCUCGCAGAGAUCAAGCGGAACGUGUGUGGCCUCUGUAAGAGCAUCAACAUCGAGCCCAACUCAGAUCAAGACCACUCGCAGCUCCUUGCUAGCCUCUCUUCGCCCGACUUUUCCAUCUCAUCACCCGGCGUUGUAGGAAGCAACGAGGAGUCGCAGCCUCCCGUAGAAACGGCGAGUUCCUCGUUAGAGUGCGUCCAGGCUGGGCCUCCUUUACUUCAAACCGCGGGGCCGCAGUCCUGCACAGAGGACACAGGCUGUCCUGUCUCCGCUCCUUUGCCUGGUGUCUGUUUGGACGUGACCGACGGCUUGUAACUUGGGCCGCAGCCUCAGGGUUAUUCUAAAAUCUGCAGGACUAAAGAGCAAACGGUUAACCGUCGUUUUAGAUCGCAGUCCUCCUUUUUUCCCCAGACGUCCUUUUUGUUGCAUUGGCUGAUGUCCUGUUUAAAAGAGGGGAGGGAAUUCAAAGACAAACAACUAUCAUUUCAUUUGCUCCAAAGGUAAACACGGAUUUCAGGAUUUCUGCUUUUUUAAUGUGCAAGUCAUAUUUCUGGCAGGUCCAAAAACGUCCUGUUCCCAGAUUAGGACUUUAGGAUGCUUCCUCAGCUGAUGUUGAGUUCUCUCAGGGAAGAUAAUAACCUGACUGAGUUUUAAAUCCCUCUGCAUAGCCACAUUCCACACACAAUGAUUCUUCAUUGUUUACAAUGAUGCACACGUUGAACUUUGUUAUUUUUUAUUAUUGAAUGUGCACAAAAUCAACUGUUCCGUAGCUUCUAUGAGCAUUUUACAGCUAAUCUAACUCCUCAGCAGCAUUAUGUGAUUCCACACGUUUGCCAUUGCGUAAUCUGAGAAACGGUUCUAUAUUUUGUUACGUAACAUAACAGGUUAUGUUAUUUGAAUUGAAAUGUGCCUUAUACUUUAGUAUGCUAUUAACUCAAUGAUGAUGUUGUUUAAUGAAACAAAAAUUGUUUAUUGUCUUAAGCACUGUCGCACAUUAACCCAAUGCUAACAUUGAUGGCAUUACCCUUAAAAUGUUAGUCCCUCUGCUUUUUGACUAUUGUUUUUAUAAAAUGGUUUUAAUAAUUACAAAUUUAAAUAAACAUUUUGUUAACAA